GUCGAACACGAAUCAGGAUUCAUUGCUCCACACUACAAAGACCCAUCUCUAAAGUCCAUCCAAAAACUCUCUCCAAAUUUCAUCAAAGAUGCCGUCCGCGAAACCCUUCGCGUACGCCGCCGGUAUGCUGAGAACCCGCCUGAGCUCCGCCCUCCGCACGCGAGGAGGACAUGGCCCCAACCCUUUCCUCACUCCCGGCCACCAGGAGCGCCCCAACGGCUACCUCUUCAACCGCACCCCGCCGCCUCCCGGGCAGUCCCGCAAGUGGGAGGAUUGGGAGCUCCCCUGCUACGUCACCAGCUUCCUCACCAUCGUCAUCCUCGGCGUCGGCCUUAACGCCAAGCCCGAUCUCACAAUCGAGACCUGGGCCCACGGUGAAGCUCUUAAACGCCUCGAACAAGAGUCCACUGAUUCCGAUUGAAAGAUUGGUCGAUCCAUCUGCUUUUGCGAUUUCUCAAUUAGGGUUUAUAUUCUGAUUGUUUAUAUUCUCUGGUGUAGUUGUUGGAAAAAUAAUAAGCGUUACUAUUUAAUUCUUGACUUGAAUCGGUAACACUACGAUUUUGUUUCGGAAUUACCCUAAUCUGCUACAGCGUUGAAUGCUCAACUUGAAUAUACAUAUAUUUUCUCAGCCUGCUGA